UAGAUAUGGAUUUUGGUUUGGCAAUGUAACACAUUGCACACGGUUGCAAGAGGCGGCUGUAGGGACCACAUGAUCUUAACAAAGUCUACUGUUCUAGUUUCUGUCGCUUGAACCACUUCACUCUCUGACCCUGUUACCCAUUUUUUUUUUUGUAACUAUGCGUUCCUCUUUCAAGUGCUUCUACUUCCACUUACUCCCUAUUUUCUAUUUCCUUAUUAUUAUUGCUGCCACAACAACCGAAUUCAAGUUUCUUGAUUCAGCUAAGAGUCCUGAGGUUUUUGAUUGGAUGGUGAACAUCAGGAGGAAGAUUCAUGAGAAUCCGGAAUUGGGGUAUCAGGAAUUUGAGACCAGUGAGGUCAUAAGAGCAGAGUUGGACAAAUUGGGAAUUUCAUAUAAGCAUCCAAUUGCUGAAACCGGUGUCAUUGGAUACAUUGGAACUCGAAAACCUCCUUUUGUUGCUCUAAGAGCUGACAUGGAUGCUCUUGCUUUACAGGAAAUGGUGGAUUGGGAGCACAAGAGUAAAGUACCUGGAAAGAUGCACGCAUGCGGUCAUGAUGCUCAUGUUGCUAUGCUUCUCGGUGCUGCAAUGAUCCUCAAACAAAAUGAAAAUGAGAUAAAAGGAACUGUUAUUCUUGUUUUCCAACCGGCUGAGGAAGGGGGUGCAGGGGCUAAGAAAAUUGUAGAAUCCGGAGUCUUAGAAAAUGUUAAUGCUAUCUUUGGAUUGCAUAUCACAGGAAAGUUUCUAAUAGGCGAAGUAGCUUCUAGAUCUGGUCUCAUGUAUGCAAAUUCUGGUUUCUUUGAAGCAACGAUAAGUGGAAAGGGAGGUCAUGCAGCUAUUCCUCAACAUUCUAUAGACCCUAUAUUAGCAGCUUCUAAUGUAAUUGUUAGCUUACAGCACCUUAUUUCUCGAGAAGCCGAUCCUCUUGACUCCCAGGUUGUGACAGUAGGAAAAGUCGAAGGAGGCAGCGCGUUCAAUAUUAUUCCCGAUACUGUCACGAUUGGUGGCACCUUCCGGGCAUUUUCAAAAGAAGGCUUCAGGCAACUGCAGCAGCGUAUUGAGCAGGUUAUUAUUGGCCAAGCCGCCGUCCAUAGGUGUAACGCAACAGUGGACUUCCUUCAAGAAGAGAAACCUUUCUACCCUGCAACCAUAAACAAUGGUGACUUGCACAAGCAUUUUCUUGACAUUGCCACAAAGUCUCUUGGCAUCCAAAAAUUUAAUGAGAUGCGACCGUCAAUGGGAGCCGAAGACUUCUCGUUCUAUCAAGAGGUUAUACCUGGAUACUACUUCGUGCUUGGAAUGCAGAACGCGUCGCAUGAACGGCUUGCCGGCGCACACUCACCUUAUUAUAAAGUCAAUGAAGAUGCACUUCCUUUAGGAGCUGCACUUCAUGCAUCCUUGGCUUCUACUUACCUUCUAAAACUUCAGCAGGAUAUACCUCUUUUAGAGGGUAAAUAUCAUGAUGAGUUGUAAAGGAUUUCAUUUUCAUGUGUUGUUCAUAUUUAAAGGCUUUUUGCAUUGAUCUCUCUUCAUGUAUUAAUGCAGCAAUAAUGUGUUUGACUAAAGAAUAAUUCAUUGUAUAGACACAAUUUACAUACAUUUUUAG